ACUGCUUCUAAAAUUUACAACUCGCCGAAGCAACCACUGUUGCAAUUCCUUUCUACAAUUCUCCGCCAUAAACGAUGUUCUGCGAUGCAUCGUAAGCUCAUCCGAACCCUCUUCCCAUGGCUGAUUCUUCUCCCCCUCUUGAUCCUCCUUCUCUACUCCUUAACCGCGUCUCUUCGCGCACCCAUUUCGCCAUUUCCACAAACCAAAAAGAUUUCUGCAUCACCCACAUGCGAUCUCUUCAAGGGUCAGUGGAAUCGAGACCCUAAUCGCAGACCCAUUUAUGAUGAGACUUGCUCAUUUCAUAGAAACGCCUGGAAUUGCUUGAGGAACCAGAGGGACAAUAUGGGUUCAAUCAAUUCGUGGAAAUGGGUGCCCCAAACCUGCGAUUUGCCGCAGAUUGAUCCGUUUAGAUUUCUGGAUCUGAUGAGAAACAGGAAUAUAGGGUUUGUUGGUGACUCUUUGAAUGAGAAUUUCUUGACUUCCUUUUUGUGUAGUCUUAGAGUGGCUGAUUUGGGUGCAAAGAAGUGGAAGAGGAAAGGAGCUUGGAAGGGUGCUUAUUUUCCGAACUUCAAUGUCACUGUUGCUUAUCACCGUGCUGUGUUGCUCGCCAAAUACAAGUGGCAGCCAAAGCAUUCUGCAUCUGGUGACCAAAGUCAAUCAGAAGGAGUGUACCGUGUGGAUGUCGAUAUUCCUGCAGAUGAUUGGGCGAACAUCACGAACUUCUACGACGUUCUCGUGUUCAAUACUGGCCAUUGGUGGGGUUAUGACAAAUUUCCCAAAGAGACGCCUCUAGUUUUUUAUCGAGCCGGUCGACCGUUACUUCCAGCUCUCGAAAUGCUGGAUGGACUGAAACUUGUUCUUAAACAUAUGGUCUCCCACAUACAAAAAGAAAUUCACAGCAAGACAAUUAAGUUUUGGCGUUUACAAUCCCCUAGACAUUUCUAUGGUGGUGAAUGGAAUCAAAAUGGCAGCUGCUUGUUCAAUGAACCCCUUCAAGAAUCUCAGCUAGACAUUUGGUUUGAUCCAAGCAAAAAUGGGGUGAAUAAAGAAGCAAGAACAAUAAAUCGUCUCAUCAACGAGGCAGUUCGUGACACGGAUAUCGAGGUUCUUGAUCUCACUCACAUGAGCGAGUUCAGAGCCGAUGCCCAUCCAGCCAUUUGGUUGGGAAGAAAAGAUGCAGUAGCAGUUUGGGGACAAGACUGUAUGCAUUGGUGCUUACCAGGAGUUCCAGAUACAUGGGUCGAUAUUUUGGCCGAACUCAUCAGUCAUCACUUGAAGAUGGGAUAAUUGAUGGUACGUUUACGUAAAUUUUUGAGUCAAGAUGUUUGCAGAUUUCCUGUGAAGAUCAUCAAAAUGAUAUCUCUGGUUCUUAGAACAUUUAGACAUUGAUGAGAAAAGAGGCAUGCAAUGCAUAGCUAGUCUAAAACAAAGGCAGUUUUGUAGAGCCAUUUUGAUGGAACAGGUAUGUGCUACUUACUGUAGAGAAGUAAUCUGAUCCUGAUGAUUUUCCUACAAAAUACAAUGAAAAGUUUUGUUUCGUCUCGUUU